GCUCCCCCAACGCCCACGUAAGGAAGUGGUUGCAUUUCUCGGAGAGGAAAAGGGAAGUCGGGCUGCCUCGGCGGGGCAGCCAGCAGCUCCCGCCGCUCGCUCGGGGCUGCCGUUCGUGUCGACUGCCCAGAGUCCAUGAACUAGCCCUGCCCGGCAAGCUUGCGAGCCAUGGCCUACCACAGCUUCCUGCUGGAGCCCAUCAGCUGCCAUGCCUGGAACAAGGACCGGACCCAGAUCGCCCUCUGCCCCAACAACCACGAGGUCCACAUCUACCGCAAGGACGGGGCCAAGUGGAGCAAAGUCCACGAGCUGAAGGAGCACAAUGGGCAGGUGACAGGCAUUGACUGGGCCCCUGAGAGCAACCGGCUGGUGACGUGUGGGACCGACCGCAACGCCUACGUCUGGACCUUGAAGGGCAACGUCUGGAAACCCACCCUGGUCAUCCUGCGGAUCAACCGGGCUGCACGCUGUGUCAAGUGGUCGCCUAAGGAGAACAAGUUUGCCGUGGGCAGCGGCUCCCGGCUCAUCUCCAUCUGCUACUUUGAGCAGGAGAACGACUGGUGGGUUUGCAAGCACAUCAAGAAGCCCAUCCGCUCGACGGUGCUCAGCCUCGACUGGCACCCCAACAACGUCCUCCUGGCCGCCGGCUCCUGCGACUUCAAGUGCCGGAUCUUCUCAGCCUACAUCAAGGAGGUGGAGGAGCGUCCCAGCCCCACGCCGUGGGGCUCCAAGAUGCCCUUCGGGGAGCUGAUGUUCGAGUCGAGCAGCAGCUGCGGGUGGGUGCACAGCAUCUGCUUCUCGGCCAGCGGCGCCCGGGUGGCCUGGGUGAGCCACGACAGCACCCUCUGCCUUGCCGAUGCCAACAAGAAGAUGGCCGUGGCCUCCCUGUGCACCGAGACCCUGCCCCUCCUGGCCGUCACCUUCAUCACCGAGAACAGCCUGGUGGCCGCGGGCCAUGACUGCUACCCGAUGCUGUUCACCUACGAGGAGAGCCAGGGCGCCCUGACCUUCGGGGGGAAGCUGGACGUCCCCAAGCAGAGCUCCCAGCGCGGCCUCACCGCUCGUGAGCGCUUCCAGAACCUGGACAAGAAAGCGAGCUCCGACACCGCCAACGCCACGCUGGACACCCUGCACAAGAACAGCAUCAGCCAGAUCUCGGUGCUGGCGGGGGGGAAGGCCAACUGCUCGCAGUUCUGCACCACGGGGAUGGACGGCGGCAUGAGCAUCUGGGAUGUCAAGAGCCUGGAGUCGGCGCUGAAGGAUCUCAAGAUCAAAUAAAUGAAGGAACCAGCCGGGAAGGGCGUCCCGGCUGCCAGCCUGCCCCUGCCCUGCUGCCCCCGCCUGCCUCCCCCCGCCAGCCCCCGUGCCACCCCCGCCAGCCGGCCGCGAUGCCACCAGCGGCUCCCCCGGCUGCCAGCCAGCCCCGGCGGCUGCUCUCAGACAAAGAAAACCAUUUUUUUUUUUUUUACUAUUUUUGUUACCAUCCUACCCGAUGCUGGUCAUACAUUGCUUAAAGAAAUCAAAAAUAAAGUAAGGAUUUUCCUGUAUAAAUCCAAUGAUUUUUUAAAAAAAAAACAGUUCAGUGCAAACAUGUGCAUGAUUAGGGCCCAUCAGCUGUGCCGCAUCCCACCAGGGAUGGUCACAUCCUCCCUCCUGCCAGCUCUGAGGAUGAAUCAGGAUUGUGGGGAUAAGGGGGAUGUCACCUCCCUGUUCCCUGCCUCAGCACGGUUUCCAACCAGGAUUGGUAUUAGAGAAAAGGUCAGGGCGAGGAUGGCGGUGACAAAGCAGCGCAGGUUUCCCAUGCGGCUCCCAGCUCCUCCUGGACACCUGGGUGCAAUCCCACGCUGGGAGAGCCGGCUCGGAAACCUUGUGCCGCUGAGCAAAUCACAUUUGUCAUCCUGCAUUCCUAACGCCGGAACCCCCCUGCCAGCGGCUCCGAGAGCUCCCAGACCAGCUCUGGGGCUGAAUCUCCUCCAGCCUUGGGUGAGCAAGUCUGGGAGGUGCUGGUGUCCCUGGUGCAGGGUGACAGCAGGACUCCCAGGACUGCCUGGGGUGCAGCGGGUUAGAGCAUCUCCUGCUCCACAGCCCUGCGCCGCGAGACAGGACACAGGACGGCUGCCGGGGGGUGACAGUUCGGGGACCGGCCCUCUGACACAGUGACUGGCUUAGACAGCAGCCGGAGGGCAACUGUUUUCUCCACUGUGGUAACCAGAUUGUGCAAGAUUGUCCAUCAGAGACAGCGGGAAGAGCUUUGUGCCUUCAGGCGACGUCUGCUGAGGGAGCGACGGAACCUCCAGCCAAA